CUUCAGCUCAAAGUAAUCUUUAUGAUAAAAGGGUUUGUUUUGGAGUGGAGAUCCUUCUUACUAGCAAUUAUCAUUGCAUUUUGGUCUCUUUUGUGUAGCUCUUCCCUUCUAGUCUGCGAAUAAUUCGAGGCAGAAACUGCAUCCGGCUUUUUCAUCCCAACGCUGGCCCGGCUUCCCAACGGAUACUGGUAAUUGUAGGGUGGUGACAUAAAUCGGAUCUCUGCUUUCUUUCUUUUUUCCUAUCCCUUUCAUCACCAAGAAGAUGCACUUUUAUUACACCUUGUAUUACAUCCUUUGCUGGGCCCGUUGCUCCCAUCUCUGGAGAAGCACAGACCCCGCGACCAGCGGAUCUUCGCCUGGUCCACUCGACUGGCUGGUGGAAGGAACCAGAAGUGGCCGCCCGCGUCUCCGGGGGACCCUCGGGGACGGCGAACCCCGGACGAGGGACGCGGGCUCCGGCACAGGAUGCCCGUCCAGACGCCGCGCCACCGCAGCACCAUCCGGCCUACGCCCGCCGUGCAGGGAACCAUGGAAGAAAGCCCACGACGGCCCGGCCGCGCCCCCACGUCCCUGCGCGAGCGCGAGCCGCGGGCGGAAGUGCUGCAUCGCGCACUUCCGGGUGUUGUCUGGCCUCUGCGCGUUUUGGGUCUCCCGGCCGCUGCCGCUCGGGUAGUGGAGACUGCGCGACGUCACCGCCAUGGCGGGCAUCAAAGCCAAUACUGGCCCCUCUUUGUUCUGUUUUUUUACAUCCUUUCACCCAUUCCAUACUGCAUAGCAAGGAGAUUAGUGGAUGAUACAGAUGCCAUGAGUAGUGCUUGCAAGGAACUUGCCAUAUUCCUCACAACAGGCAUCGUCGUCUCUGCUUUUGGACUUCCUGUUGUAUUUGCCAGAGCACAUCUGAUUGAGUGGGGAGCCUGUGCACUUGUCCUCACAGGAAACACGGUCAUCUUCGCAACUAUAUUAGGCUUUUUCUUGGUCUUUGGGAGCAAUGAUGACUUCAGUUGGCAGCAGUGGUGAAGAGGAAAGAGCUCCUGGACUGUUGUCACAUGGACUUCUGUCAUCCUUGGCUGGCCGUGCACAGGAGAUGGGGCAGUGAUGCUAACUUGUAUGGCAGGUCUGGAGUAUUCUCGCUGCUCCCUCUUCCCUACUGUGCGCCUACUGUUUCAUAGAGACUUGCUAAGGGAUUAAAAGGAUUUUAUCUUUUGGAAAAGGUUGACCGAAUUCACACUUAUCUAUAGUAUGCUUUUCAUAGUGUCCUGCUGAACUUAAAAUAUGUGUUUUUACCUGUUCAUUUUUUUUAAAUCAGUAUGCAGUGUUAAACAUUUUUUAAAUGUUAAUAACUAUUUGCAUUGAUUUAGGAAUUCUGAAUUUUGCCAGCUGUAUUACUGGGCAUAUUUUCUCUUGAAAUUAAUCUCCACUAUAAAAUAAUAUAUAAAAGUAAGUUUUCAGUCAGUCAGGAUGACAUCACUCCCAGUUUUAUGCAAACAUACAGAGCAUUGACAUAAACUAUUUACUCAGUGCAAAUGUAGCUGCAUUUAUACCUCAGAGGGGCCGAGUAUUUUUGCCCAUGCCCUCCAUAAGGGUUGCUGGUUUUACUAGUAGGCAAGUGUUUUGUGAAUUAAAAAUUUCUUUAUAGAAUUGCUAAAAGAGUGCUCUUCUCAGUUGUUAGAAGAAUUUGUGUUGCACUUUAAGGUACGAGUGCAAAAACAGAUAUCUGAGUUACAGUUUGAUCUGUGUUUAUUGCAGUCACAGUGAGUGAGUUGUGGUACAGGAAGAAGUGAUGCUGAAAUUCCACUGCUUGGAUUUGUUUCUAUUUAUGAGUGAAAAUUCCAGUCUGCCAGCCUUUCAUGUUCACCUAGGGUGAGGUGGACGUACGUGGGCUGCUGCUCUGAGGGAAAAUUGGAUGUUUGCAUCACAGAUACCAGAGAACUGUCCUCUGCUUCCUCCUUUUAACUUAUUUUGUGCAUUGUAUAUAUUAAGUAAAAAAAAAAAAAAAGCAAAAACAAAAAAACUUCAAAUAUAGUUUAAUAACACUUGGAGAUGUUUGACUACCAGGAAAAUAAUUGCUAUGCCAUACAUUCAGAGUGCCCCUCCCCCUCAAGGCCUUGACAUGAUUCACAAGUGACUUGUUAUUCAUGCGGGUAAUUCAGUUGUAAGACUUAGACCAUAAGAAGUGUAAUCCUCUAAGGUUAUAUCACAUGAAAUUUUAAAAUAUUUAAGACAAGCUUCCUGUAGACCUCUGAUUGUUUGAGGUUUGAUUUCAUCAUGAUAGAUCUGCUGUUUCCGUAUAAAAGGUAUUGAGUAUGUAAAAUUAACACAGAGUAGCCAAAUCCUGCUGUGUAGCAGCUUCAAACACAAGCCUGACCAAAAACUUCCCAGUUCCCAGGCAUGGGCAGAUAUAGUGGUCAUCUGCAUCUUACAAUUCGUAGUACUUAACUUCAGGAGUUGGUUAUGACAAUGUUCAAGCUAAUUUGACGGUAUUUUGUUAAAAUAUUGGUAUGUGUAUUCAGUCUGCUUACAUAAAAAUUGUUUUGCCUUCCGUCAAAAUUGAGUAAUCAUGAUAGCUGUCUUUUGUUGUUUUUAUAGUUUAUUUCUCAAGAAAAUGGGAACAAAUACAGAGUUUGUUCAGCUUUUUACUAAAGAUGUCUAAAGCUCCAGGUUUUGAUUUGUUCUGUCUGCCUGACCCACUCUUUCUCACCUUUGGCUGGGAGAUGGGAAGCAGUAAGACGUGUCCGCGUGUGGCUGUGCCGUUUGAGCAGUAGACCAAAAACAUUGUUGAGACUUACAGGGGAAGGUAUAUGGUUGGAAAGCUGGUGACGCAAAUGGACUGUACCUGAGAUCUGAUGGGGACAGAAGUUCAUGCUCUGAUCCUUCCCCAUUUCCUUUACAAUCUCAAUGCAGUGCACAUGACCACAGACUCCUCUAGCAGAUGCUUAUUCUUCCUGUGUGCUCAUUUCAGCAGCAUUGUAUCUUUGACCCUGCACACCAGCUUCACAGUGCUGCCUCCAGUCUCUAGGCUAGUUAUCCAUUUUCCAUAGAGUAUACCCCAACACAGCAUUGCCAUUCUGCUGUGGAAAGAAAGGAAACUUUUGAUGACAAUACAAUAAAGAUUUUAAAUAUC